CUGUCACCGAGUGUCGCGCCGCCCUCCCCAUCCCCUCUGCCGGGGGUGUGGGAGCGCAGCCGAGCGCGCGGCAGAGGGCCGGGCGCGUGGGGACGCGGGAGUGCGGGGUUCUGGACAAGCCGCGCGGCACGCGGAGCGCGCUGGCCUCCUGAGCUCGGCGCUGAGCCCGGAGCCCGGAGCCCGGAGCGGGCCGCUACCCGCUCCCUGUGCGCUGGGCGGCAGCCCCGGCCGCGGCAGCCCGGCUCCCGGGGAGCGCGCCUCGCCAUGGAGCCUUCGCACAAAGACGCCGAGACGGCGGCAGCAGCGGCGGCGGUGGCGGCGGCGGACCGGGGGGCGUCCUCGUCCAGCGGGGUGGUGGUGCAGGUCCGCGAGAAGAAGGGCCCCCUGCGCGCCGCCAUCCCCUACAUGCCCUUUCCUGUGGCCGUCAUCUGUCUCUUCCUCAACACUUUUGUGCCGGGACUGGGGACGUUCGUCUCGGCCUUCACCGUGCUGUGCGGUGCCCGCACCGACCUCCCGGACAGGCACGUGUGCUGCGUCUUCUGGCUGAACAUCGCCGCGGCCCUCAUCCAGAUCCUCACAGCCAUCGUCAUGGUGGGCUGGAUCAUGAGCAUCUUCUGGGGCAUGGACAUGGUCAUCCUCGCCAGCUACAAGGAGCAGGGCAUCCCACAGCAGCUGUGAGCCUGCGGGGGCCGCCGAGAAGCCCGGGGCCCGGGAGGACCAUGCCAGGCAGCGGUCUUCACACGUUCUCUUCCGCUGCUUCCUGGGUUUGGAGGGGAAAGAAGGGAUUUAAAAAUAUUAUUUAUUUUCAAAA